CAGAGGAAGAUCAUGAUUGUGCAGGUAUGAAGAGCGCGAGGGGACAUUCCUGAAAAAAAUCUGCUGAGAACACAUAUCUAGAUCAGAAUGGCACUGCUUAACAGUACUGGAAUACUGGAUACUGGAACUAAUUAUACUCAAGUAUACCGUUGUAGUUUGAAAGAAAACUUCAAGUACAUUCUCCUCCCGGUGAGUUACACUUUGGUGUUUGUGUUCGGUCUGGGGUUGAACAUCACGGCCAUGUACAUCAUCCUGUUUCGCACCAAACACUGGAAGCCCAGCACCAUCUACAUGAUCAACCUCAAUGUCUGUGACAUGCUUUACAUCCUCACCCUGCCGUUCCUCAUCUACUAUUACGCUGAUAAGAACGACUGGCCGUUCGGUGAGCUGAUGUGUAAGCUGAUUCGCUUUCUCUUCUACACAAACCUCUAUGGAAGCAUCCUCUUCCUCAGCUGCAUCAGUCUGCACCGGUUUUUAGGCGUCUGCCACCCGAUGCGCUCUUUGUACUGGAUGAACAGCCAUCGUGCUCGUUUGAUUUCUGUGGGAAUAUGGGUGAUCAUUCUCAUCUUACAGGCACCGAUUCUUUAUUUUUCCCGGGUGAGACGUAAUGGUAAUCAUCUGGUCUGUCAUGACACCACCAUCAAGGAGCUCUUCAGUGACUUUCUGGUCUACAGCACGGUAGUGAUGUUUCUGCUUUUUGUCCUACCGUUUGGGGUGGUGCUGUUCUGCAACGGCCUGAUGGUGAAGAAACUUCUUGAUCCCAGUGUUCUCAGAGAACCAAUGUCACAGCACUCCAAACGGAAGUCGGUGAAGAUGAUUAUUAUUGUGCUCCUGGCUUUUAUGGUGUGCUUCUUGCCUUUCCAUGUGAACCGCAGUAUCUGCUACACCUUCCGUUACCUGGACAAACACGACUGCAACAUAUUACUACUCUCCAACAAUGCCUACAAGGUCACGCGACCUCUGGUCAGUUUCAACAGCUGCAUCGACCCCAUCCUCUACUUCAUGGCAGGACAGAGCUUCAGAAACAGCAUCUACAAAAAAAAAUCAUCAAUGAAGUCUGACAAAUCCCUUUUAGCAUUACAGUAAAAUUCUGGAUUUUUUUUUAUGUCUUUAUUUCAUAAAAUAACCAUAUGUCCUUUUUUUCCCAGACAUAUCCUGGCCAGGAUUCCUGGGUUAAGUGCAUUGUGAAAAGUUCUGUUUUCCCGGGAAGGUCCUGGCCAGGAUUUCUAAACUGCCUAAAAUGUCCGGUUGUUUUUGCAUUGCAUUGCUUUGACUGUUUUAUGUAGAUCCCACCUUCUUGGACGCCACGACUGGUCAGUUAUGCACAAUGCCUGCAUGCCAUUGGUCAAACUACUUUUCAGUCAUUACUUUUAGCAGUUACAAAAACAAAGCCAGAACCGGACGUUUUAGGCGCUUGGAAAUCCUGGCCAGGAUCUUCCCUGGAAAAUAGGCUUUUUCACACUGUGCUUAAACCAGGGUUAUCAUUUCACACAUGUAGCUAAUGUAGAAGCGAGGUUGUAUUAGCAACAGACACCCAAUUGCGUGCUUCACCUCUCAAAUAGUGACAGAAAAACAUCAGAUGGAUUGAAGAGACUGUUUUAUCCUCACUUAUAUAAUAUGUAGCUCAUAUAAACGAUAUAAAAAUAGCUGCCUUCAUGCCAUGUCAUAAUUACCGUAAUUCUGUGAUGACAAUAUGUGACAUUCUACUUGGAGCUCCUUGGUUGGUUUUUGGGCUGGUUUUGUUGUGCAGACCUGGCAACCCUGCUUCCAAGUCAUCAGACUUGUCUGAAUUAUGCAUUUAUCCGUCUAGAUUUGGCAUGCUCAAAGUCUAGUGUGACACGGCAUAAUUAACUAUUUAAAAUGUGAAAAGCCCUAUUGUUUAUGUUACUGUAACUAUUUCCUGGUAAUCAUCAGGUUAUUGCAUAUAAUCUGUCCAAUAGCAUGUGAGAUCAAAAUAGUGUGUUAGUAUACUGAAAACACAUUUCAGUAUACUGAAAUGCUGCUCUUAUGAACUUUCUAUUUAUCAAAGAACCCUGAAAAAAUGUCUCAUGGUUUCCUCAGAAAUAUGAAUUUCCAUGCAGAUACUGCAGUAAAGUUCUUUAUUUCAAGAGUACAAAUAUCAAGAAAAAAAUAUUAUUAGGAAAAUAAUAAAUAAAAGCAACAGCAGUACAAAGCUGAGUUUCCCCCUUAACUUAUCAUUCUAGUCGAUCUUUGCAAAGUAAGGUGUAACAGCGAUGUAUGUCUCCAGCUACACCUAUGAUGGUAUUCAAGAAAUGAUUGCAAACAAACACAUGUGCAUUGUAUAAAAAAUGAACUUUAUAUAAAAUGUGCAUGUAAAUGUCAGUAACAAAACUGUGAUGCUACCCUUGAGUAGCCUUUCCUGUUAGAACUUGCUCUUAACUACAAAUAAAUACAAUGAA